GAAUCCGCUGACUUCAUCAAGGCGGCCAACAUGGCAGGAGGAGGGAAGAAGAAAUCCUCUACUCUACCGUCAACAUUUCAAAAAGCGCUUUCCUCCGUAUGGCAGGACAAGCACAUGGUGUUGUUCAAAGCAGAGUACACGUUCUUGGUCACGGCCGUCAAAUGGUGCCUGGAAAUUGGAAUUAAUAUAUGGGUAAUCCAAAAAGUUUCAUAUACAGAGAUCGACUGGAAGGCGUAUAUGGAUGAGGUGGAGGGAGUUAUUAACGGCACGUAUGACUACACCCAGCUGAAGGGUGACACGGGGCCGCUGGUGUAUCCAGCUGGUUUUGUGUAUGUAUUCACUGGGCUGUAUUAUCUUACUGAUCAUGGACAGAAUAUUCGUUUGGGUCAGUAUGUGUUCGCUGUGUUCUACCUCAUCACCCUCCUGCUUGUGUUCCGCAUUUACCAUCGCACCAAAAAGGUUCCUCCGUAUGUGUUCUUCUUUGUCUGCUGUGCUUCAUAUCGGAUUCACUCCAUCUUUGUCUUGCGUCUCUUUAAUGAUCCGGUGGCCAUGAUGCUGUUAUUCGGAGCCAUCAAUCUCUUUGUGGAUGGCCGCUGGACUCUAGGAUGUGCCCUCUACAGUUUAGCUGUGUCUGUGAAGAUGAAUGUCCUGCUCUUUGCUCCUGGUCUUCUCUUCCUCCUCCUGUGUGAGUUCGGUCUAUGGAAAACUUUACCCAAACUCACUCUCUGUGCUGCAAUUCAGCUUGUACUAGGACUGCCGUUCCUCUUGGUGAACCCAGUCGGCUAUGUUAGUCGGGCGUUUGACUUGGGCAGGCAGUUUCUGUUUAAAUGGACUGUGAACUGGCGUUUUCUUCCUGAGGAUGUGUUCUUGAGUAGAUACUUCCACCUGGCUCUGCUUUUGGCUCACAUUACUACACUGGUUCUGUUUGCACUGAAAAGAUGGAAGAGAUCUGGGAACAGUAUUUGGUCUAUUCUAACAGAUCUGUCUGAGAGAAAAGAGACUGUACACAAGCUCAGUGCUGAUCAGACAGUUCUGGUUCUUUUCACUUCUAAUUUUAUUGGCAUGUGCUUCAGUAGAUCACUGCAUUAUCAGUUUUAUGUGUGGUACUUCCAUACGCUACCCUACCUGCUGUGGAGUGGAGGAGUCAAGAAACUUGCCCACCUGCUCAGGGUGUUGAUUCUGGGUCUGAUAGAGCUGUCCUGGAACACAUAUCCAUCCACCAACUAUAGCUCUAUAUCACUGCAUGUCUGCCAUUUCAUCAUCCUGCUCUGUUUGUGGCUCAACCCAACGCCAGCUCUUCCAUCUCAGAAGUUAGACAACAAGGCUAAGCGCCAUUGAACCUCAACCUGACUGGGGCACUGUUUGGGAUGAUCCCUGGCCUCCAGCCCUGUCUACAAGCUCCUGUACCAGAGGGGGACACGGGGCCAGGGACCUGUGCCCGGAGCUUGUAUCAUGGUUUUUGUUAAUGGAGGUAGUGUGAAGUUACUAUACUGGGGUUUUACAAAGUUUACAUGCUUCUCAUGAUUCUUAAGGACUAAUGUGAUGCAUAGUCAAGGAUGUUGGAGUGGGAAAUGUGAAUGAAUCUUUAAUGGAAGGAAAUUCAUUUUUAUGUAGCAUAUCAACACAGUUGACCUUUAAGACCUCAAAGAUGUCUUCUUGUUGGCCAAUUGACUCAUUCAGUCCAGUUUAUUUGUACAAGAUAUUAUAUAUUCACCCAAAAAUUCUGUCAUUAAUUACU